ACGACACCAAGUUUAGGAGCCUGCUGAUUCAAACUGAUCACUUAAACCUGCUAAACUAGCAAUGGGUUCUAAGAACAGCAAAGCAGAAUCUAAGAAUGGCAGGAACGGAAAUUCUAAAAGCAAAAGCCGUGGUCAUAAACGGCGUAAACGCGUCAAUGAUGAUGAAUUUGAUAACAACUGGGAUGAUUCUGGAAACGGUGAUGGUGGUCUUGAAGACUUGCCUUUACCUGACGUAAAUGGUCUGGAAGGCUGUGGAGACUGUAGUAAUAUUGAAGGCUGUGAUGUAACUGGAGUCUGUAAUGAUCUGGGAGGCUUCUACAUGGGAGGCUGUGAUGUAACUGGAGGCUGUAAUGAUCUGGGAGGCUUCUACGUUGGAGGCUGUGAUCUUACUGGAGGCUGUAAUGAUCUGGGAGGCUUCUACAUGGGAGGCUGUGAUGUAACUGGAGGCUGUAAUGAUCUGGGAGGCUUCUACAUGGGAGGCUGUGAUAUGGGAGUCUUGGAUUUGUCAGGAGGCUUCUAUAUGGGAGGCUACGAAAUGGGAGGCUAUGAAAUGGGAGGCUGCGAUAUGGGAGGCUUCGAUAUGGGAGUCUGCGAUAUGGGAGGCUGCGAUAUAGGAGGCUUCGAUAUGGGAGGCUUCGAUAUGGGAGGCUUCGAUAUGGGAGGCUGCGAUAUGGGAGGCUUCGACAUGGGAGGCUGCGAUAUGGGAGGCUUCGACAUGGGAGGCUUCGACAUGGGAGGCUUCGAUUUUUGAGCCUGUGGUUUUUGAGUAAAUUAGUUCAGACAGGUGAACAAUCUUUUUGGAGUGAAUGGAUUUGAGGUGACGCCGUUGCGCUCAGCUCAAAAACAUCAUCAACACAAAGACAACAUCAUUGUAAACUACAAUCAACAUCAGGACAACCUUGGUGUCAUUAUGAAUGUUAAACAUCAUAAAGGCAAUGUUAUGAACAGUUCCAGCCAAAAAGAUGAAAAUUAAAAAAAUAAACUAAAAACUAUUUAAUUAAAUCACGAUAUUCUUGUACUUCUCUGAUUAUAUAGAUUGUGUGUGAGCGAACUAAUAGGAUUAAUAAUAUGUAGAGGUAAACUGUUUACUUGUCUUUUAGCUUUAGGGUAUAAGCAUUUCCCAAAAGUGAUUCAUUAGAAACAAGCCUGACAACAUUCUAGAGCCUCGGUCUGAAGGUUUGAUGAUGUGACAGAUUUUUGUUAGACACAGAUUGAAAAAAAUCAGUCACAUAGAGUUUACACUCUAUUUCCUUCCAUCCACGUGACCUCAGAGCAAAGAAAACAAACUCAAAGCUGCCGGGAAAGUGUUAAAAAAAAUGAAAUUCUGAUCAUUCUUAAAAUUAUCUCUGUGUUUGUGUGUUCUUAAAAGUGUGUAUGUUGAAAUCCAAAUUGUUAAAAUGUACUGUGUCUGUUUUUGAGUGUACUGUGUCGAGUGUAUAAUAUGACCAGUCUGUCUCAUCAUGAUUUAAAAAUAUAGACUUGUGGAUUAAAAAUGUGGAAUUUGGUCUGCUUACUAUAUGCUUAGAGAUAUGAGGUGAAAAAAUCAUAAAGUAGAAGUUAACCUUAAAGAAGUAACCUUGCCAUUUUUAUGCAUUCAUUGACAUAUAUGCAAAAGUGACUCCUGCAUAUAAAACAUUCAUGCAAAGAGCAACUUGGGAUUAUUGUAUGGAAUAAAAAGGCAAGUGAUA